AUGGUUUUAAAGUUAUUUAAUGAGGUGCUUCCUGAAGGUUCUACAUUGCCGAAGGAUGAUGAAUAUAUGAGGCACCCAGCUGACUCACUUGCAAGGCAAUCCUUUGAUGAUCAAUACCUAGAGUUUGGCAACGAAGCUCGUAAUGUGCGUCUAGAGCUAACAACGGAUGGAUUCAAUCCCUUUGGCAAUAUGAGUAUAAGUUACAACACCUGGCCUGUAGUGUUGCUUCUGUAUAUUCUUCCAUCAUGGAGAGAUGACGUCCCACCUAUACAUCUCGACCCAUCCAUAUUAAAUGAUCAUUCAGUGCAUGAAGUAAGUGAAGAAGAAGAAGAAGAAGAAGAGUCCGAAGAGGAAGUCGGUGAAGAAGACGAAGAAGAAGAUGAUAAUGACGAAGAUGUUAUUGAAGUCGAUUCUAAAACAAGCCUGGAAAAUACAUCUAGAGAAGAAGAAUAA